CCGGGGAACGGAGAGCCCCACUGCCUCCCGCCGCAUUGCAUCUUCCUCCGCGAACUUGGGGGCGGCCGCGGUCAUCACGCAGCCCCCGCCAGCCGCCGAGCAGGAGGAGCUUCCCCGCGGCUCCGGAGGCGCUCGGCGCUUUCGCCCGGAAUCGGGACCCGCGCGCGGCGGGCGCGGCGGACUCCGGGCGGCGCUGAGCCCUUCCCGGCUGCCCCGCUAGGUCCGAGGAGACUGCAUUCCGCCUGCGCCACCUUCCUCCGGUUUCCGCCGGCCGAGGGCUUCGGCGGCCCGAUGCUGCAGGCGCCGCGGGAGAGGCAGCAGUGGACUGGAGCGAAGGGCGGCGGAAGAGCGGAGAGCGGCGGGCCCCCGGCCGCGGAACCCGGCACCCUCCUGCGGUCUUCACGCCAGGGCCUCGGCGGUACUUGCCAGUGAAGGAGCAGAACAAGUUUUUUUGUCUGGGAUAAUUUCUAGUGCAGAGGCUCCAACAACUUAGCAGACAGCAUCCCAAGCCUCUGGCGCCCUUACCACAUUCUUCACCCUCAGGAACAGAGGGCCUUUGGGAAACAGAUUCCCAAAAGUGCAGGUUAUGCCGGACGCCCAUCACUUUGGCUAAUCAGCCUAAUAACCGAAACUGCUGUGUGCUUUCACUUGUCACUUGUUGGCAAAGGUGGGCCAGCCAUGAGAGGGUACCUUGUGGCCAUAUUCCUGAGUGCUGUCUUCCUCUAUUAUGUGCUGCACUGUAUACUAUGGGGAACAAAUGUCUACUGGGUGCCACCUGUGGAAAUGAAGCGGAGAAAUAAGAUCCAGCCUUGUUUAUCAAAGCCAGCCUUUGCCUCUCUCUUGAGGUUUCAUCAGUUUCACCCUUUUCUGUGUGCAGCUGAUUUUAAAAAUAUUGCUUCCUUCUAUGGUAGCGAUAAAUUUGAUUUGCCCUAUGGGAUAAGAACAUCAGCUGAACAUUUUCGACUUGCUCUUUCAAAACUGCAGAGUUGUGAUCUCUUUGAUGAGUUUGACAAUGUGCCGUGUAAAAAGUGCGUGGUGGUUGGUAAUGGAGGAGUUUUGAAGAAUAAGACAUUAGGAGAAAAAAUUGACUCCUAUGAUGUAAUAAUAAGAAUGAAUAAUGGUCCUGUUUUAGGACAUGAAGAGGAAGUUGGGAGACGGACUACCUUCCGACUUUUUUAUCCAGAAUCUGUUUUUUCAGAUCCCAGUCACAAUGAUCCUAAUACUACGGCGAUUCUCACUGCUUUCAAGCCGCUUGAUUUAAAGUGGCUGUGGGAACUGCUGACAGGUGGCACAAUAAACACUAAUGGUUUUUGGAAGAAACCAGCCUUAAACCUGAUCUAUAAACCUUAUCAAAUCAGAGUAUUAGAUCCUUUCAUUAUCAGAACAGCAGCUUAUGAAUGGCUUCAUUUCCCGAAAGUGUUUCCCAAAGAUCAGAGACCCAAACACCCAACGACAGGCAUUAUUGCCAUCACGUUGGCAUUUCACAUAUGUCAUGAAGUUCACCUUGCUGGUUUCAAGUACAACUUUUCUGACCUCAACAGUCCUCUGCACUACUAUGGGAAUGCCACCAUGUCUUUGAUGAAUAAGAAUGCGUAUCACAACCUGACUGCAGAGCAGCUCUUCUUGAAGGACAUUACAGAAAAGAACUUUGUAAUCAACCUGACUCAAGAUUGACCCUACAGACUCAGAUGAUGCUAACAGUAUUAGUUUUAUUUUUCUACUGCAAUUUUUAGUUUAUUUUUAAAUAUGUUGGAUGUACUUGUCAAGAAAUUAUGUAUAUUAAAUCUGUUGCUGCCUGGUGAUUCAUAACCACCGGCUUAAUUUCUGUGAAUAUAUUUAAUUUAUGAAAACCAAAACAUGUUUAGUUAUCAGGGAAUUAAGUGUUCAUUGCAGUGUGUUUUAAAAAUAAGCUAGUUUUCUGAGGUGUUUUUAAACAUCUUUUUUUCCAUAGUUACUUCAUCUUAGACUUUUGAAGGGAUGUGACUCCCUAACAAGUAGGGGAUUUAGUUUACCACAAACAAAUUUUGAAUAGAACAUGACAUUUGAGAGGUACAUCUGGUUCCUAUAAAUUAGUGGGGAACUGGCCGGUGGCAGUUCUUGAUUGGAACCACUUCAGGCCUUUACCUGGAUGAUUUAGUUUCUUUUUGUUCUACCUGAGGAAUUCUAAACCAGACUUGGAGCAGGGAUGGUUUGGGAAAUCUAAGAUCAUACUGGCUUAAUUAAGCAUUUUUUCCCUACAAUUAAGGUAAACUAUGAUUAUGAGGAGUUCUUUAGUAGAAUGAAGAUGCCUUUUGUUUUUAAGUCAAAAGAAACUGGAUAAGUAAGUAACCAAAGAAUGCAAUUACUUAAAAGUUUGGUGACUGCAUUAUUUUAGAAAAAUAAAGUUUAUACAAAGACGCUGAGCUUGGUAAUAAGCUCAAGGAGAAAAUUCUUACCUUUUUUUGCCUGGCUUAAUUUAUUCAUUACAUUUUGAAAGUUACUAUUUGAAAUAUAUUAGGGAAGACAAAGAAGACAUGAAUGAGUAAACCUUUAAGAAGAGUCAAGGUGCUUCUGGAUUCAAAUGGUACGUUCAUGAAAAAUCGAUUAUCCCCAUGAUUAAAUUGCAACUUCAAAGGGAAAGCUUACCUAGAGUGCACCAGAGAAGACUCUUGGGGGAUGCAAACGGGCCUUCUGACAAAAGUGGUGAGCUGGUCUCUCUUCAUUUUAAUGAAUAUAACCAAAGGCUGUAUGGGGUGGGAGGUGGGGGUGAGGAGAACAAAAGUUAUAAGAAGGACAGAAUCAAGAGCUGUUCGAAGAGGAAUGAGUGGAAACAAUGAAUUGGUAGCAACGAACAUGCCUUUCUAAAGAGUGUAUAAAGGGUGAAAUUUUAGGUCAUCAGAAACAGGAAUAAGUGACAUACUUGAAAGUUGUGUAAGGGGGAGAAAACUGGCAGUUGAUUUAACCCAGACAUUAAAUAUGAACUCUGUUAAUACCAGCAUCUGUUUGCACAGUACCAGUCUCACUUGCUUCUUCUGGUAACUUUGAGGUGGAAAAGGCACAGGUGUUCAGUCAUCUCCCCAUCAUGCCGCACAGCCGUAGGCCGCAGCUUGGCUGCUGAAGUUGAGUCUGAUGUAAAGUAAUUCGGGCUUCAAAAAGGAUGGUGCUGGCUACAGAAAGAGUCCAAGUCAAAAACCAAUGGUGGCAUUUUCAAAUGUUACUUGCCAAAAAAAACAAACAGGAGGAGAUGAGAAGAAACUAGUCACAAGUUGGAUUAAAUGAGGAUAGGUGCCAAACUGACCUAAAAAAUAUUUUAAUAAUCAUCCAACUCUUAGAUUUUGCAGUGUAGGGACUUCAAGUUCAGAACUGAAAGGCAGAGCUAACAGGUAAUUUUUUAAAGCAGAGCUUCACUGAUUUCUCUUAUGAGGGGGUUGAAAAGCUUUUACUGUCCCACCUCAUCUAUUCAUACCAUCUGACAUGGUGUCUCUGUAACCCUCUUGCUCUCCAGGUGACAAUGUGGAGCUGAGGGAAAGAAGUUCAAGCUUUAUCACAUUCCAUAGAAUUAUGGCCACAUUCAUAUUUAAACGAGCUCAUUUUCUGCUCCCUCCUGUGGGUGGUGGGGGAGAGGGGCAAGAGUAUAUGGAACAUCGUAAUUUCAAUUACUGUAUAAAUCCUCUACUUGAACCAUUUCAUCAGCAAAUAAACCCAUUGUUCAAUGCAAAGUGCAAACAGUGAAACAUGAAAUUAAAUAACUGGACUAGACUCUGCACACACAAUAGGAUCUAUUUAGAUUUACAGCUUUUAAUAAAAUAUAAAUCAGCAUUCACUAUAUCUUUAACUGUGCUGGUUCCUAAGAUCAAGUAACAGCGAAGUUGUGAGUUUAUGAAAGGGCACAUCUGCUGCACCACUGUCUUAAAAUUUGCAUUAACAGGAAAAAAAAAAUUUAAUCCAAUAAGCCACAGUGACUUGUCUUUUAUAUGUUUCAAUAAAAAUUCAAGGGAAUUUUGUAAAAAAAAAAAAAAAAAAAAGAUUUUCACAUUUUCAGUUGUUACUUGAUUGUCUCCAAAACUGUAUAUAUAUAUCAGACGUAUUAACCUUAAAAGAAAAAAGCCCAAAAGUCCAAUAUGAAAACAAAUGAACGAAAAGAAAAAGUACAAAACCUCAACAACCCUUUGUAUCAGGCUCAGCUCUUCAUUUAGAAAGUAAAAUAUGUAGUAAUAGUAAAAACUAGGUAUUUUAUAAAAAAUCAUUGGUAAGUUCAAGGACAGCCCAGUGGCAAUAUAUGAAUCAAGUCUUAAAACAUGCAUUAUUUGAGAAAACAUUUGCUUUUCAAAAAAAGUUCCAUGGGAAAACAACCAGGUGCACACAAUUACACAAAAUAGCAUCUUUGGAAAAAAUGAAAUAGUUACUGAAAUUACUUCUCUUAAAGCUUCAAACAGGCAUAUGAUUUGUGAAAAAGUGUAUUUUCUGUGUGCUAAGGAUGAAUUAAAAAAUAAAACAAUUGGUUUACUCUCUUCCCACCUGAAAGGGGAUGAUUGCAUUAAUACAUGUGCUUUACACAUUCAUAUCUGUUCUAAUAAAAAUUCAACAUCUGUGCCUUUUGUUUCAAAUAUUUUGAAACAAAAAUGUAUAUUGGUCUUUCAGUGAACAAAAAUUAUGCCUCAAAGUUUGCUGGAAGAAGAAGAGCAAAUGAAAAUAACAUAAUCAUACAACAAAAAGGCAAGGAAAUCAACAGUUCUGGUUUGAAGCAAUGAUUUACAUACGAUACUGAUACAUACAUUCAUGGAAACAAGCACAACAAACACUGUUCAUCUUUAGUCAAAUUUAGCAAAUUCUGGCAGCAUCAUCUCGUGGCACAGGCUGAGACAAUGACUAGAACCUGAUGGGGAAUGUUAAGUCUACAAACUAAGGUUUACAGAUGAGGAGAUAUCAAACUUAUAUAUUUUAAUCAUACGGUCAGCUUCUCAUAUCAUCUUGCCAGUCUAAAGACUUUUAAAGAUGAUUUUUACACUACAGGCUAAUAAAUUGCAGGCAGUUUCUAUUUCAGCCAUCUAAAACUAGUUCUGGGAAAGUACUGACAAAGAAGUUGUCCAGAGGCAUCAAAAACAAGAAGGAAUUAUCCCUUGCUAGGAUGCUGUAACAUCUGUUCCCUAGGUGUGAUAUGAAGGACCACUCACACCUUUCCCACACAGAUGGCAGAAUCACGCCACGCUGAAGAAUACAUGAUGAUUUGUAUUAUGUUGGAUCUAUAAUCAUUUACUGUGGAAAACAAAUAUUUCUUUAUUUGACUAAAAAUACCUUGAGAUUCAAAGAAAACUCUGCAUAUAUAAAAACAAAGAAGGUAAAUUCAGGUUACUUACUUUUUUUGGAAGGUAGUUUAUAUGACUUCUGAGGAAUGAUUUUGCCUUUCACGUGAUAAAAUAUAAGUGGGUCUUGUUUAGUAUUGACUUAGAAGCCUCAACUUUUCACAACUCUGAGAAAAAUUCCAUUGCAAAAAAAUUCGGCGGCCAGAGAAUCUCCUUCAUAGCUUUUUUAAAAUUGUGAAGUUGUUCCUGUUUCCACGUGGCGACAUUAGAGGAUCUGAAUUGAGGAGGCUAAUAAGCAAGCUUCAACCACUGAAAAUACUCAAGCAUCUAGAAACAUAAGAAUGGGGCUGGCUACUGAGGGCCCUGGUGGAAGAAGUAGGGUAAGACCAGGUCACGUACCAUGAAGUGUUAAAGCUCUUACGAGUGUCAAAAAGUGAAAGAUCAGUCACACUGCGCAUUACAGGUCAGUGUCCCAGCUACAGAUCUUCCUCAGGAAAGAUGGGUAAGUGUAUACGAUUGCAAUGGAAACCGUGAUUAUAAUCACUGAUUAUUACAAAGAAAUCCAGAAAGCAAUAAUGGGAGAGGAGGAGAUCAUGACAAUACCCACCUUUCACAAAGAGAGCAGAAUUUCAAGCCAUUAGACAUUUUAAGAACAGUACCAUGCGUUAUUGCCAGUCAGGCUUACAGAGCCAUCUCUCGAGUUCAUCAAUGUACCUGCAGCAUUGGUAAUAAAUACUCUCAGUGAUUUUUAAUUUCUUUGAAGUGCAUAGUAGGGAGCUUUUUCUGUAUUAAAAUAGUGUUUUACAGUAGUAACAAACAAGAUCCUUGAAGUUUAAUAGGCAAGCAGUUAACUGUGCCACAGUAACACUUCCAAAGCGAAACGGCAAGAUUCGUAGUUCCUGUACCUCGGUCACCACAUCCCCCAACCACAUCCGUGACAGACAUGUAAUACAUUCUAUAUAGCACUACCACGAAUACAAUUUUAAAAAAGGCCAUGUGCUUUAAAAUGAUGCUUUGUGAAAAGCAGCAUCACCUUCAAAGGAUUUCUUUAAAAACAUCACAUUCACCAUCCCUCCCCGCUCCAGGUACCUCCUGCGUGCUCUGCGGCACCUGGUACACCAGUUCGUCUGGGGCACUCGGACCCAGCUUCCCACCUUUUGGGGUAUCAUACUGGGCCUGGGCUGAGGAGCAGCUGUCAGUCCUGGAGAGAAGAGUGUUGUAUGUCCCCACUAAAGGGGGAGGCUGGUUCCCUGCAGCUUUGAAAGUGGACGUUGACGGCAGAGCAACUGAGGCUGCUGGGUGCCCGGACAUGUCCACGACGAUGGGGGUGGCGUACUCGGGCCCAGUGACUGGGAGCGGCUCAGCAUAGGCGUGGUACACUUCCUGUGCCGGGGAGCUGUACGGGUCCAGAUCGGCAUAGCCUGCUUCUUUUCCUUCUUCUGGCUUAAAGGUAGAUCUCUGAUGAAGCGUGCCAGCAAUCCCUCCCACAAGUGGCUGUGCGUACUCUGUGGACAUCGCAAAACAGAGACAACAGAAAAGUUCUCUCGUUAAUGCAGGGGCCAUGCAAUUUCAGGUGGCAGCUGCAGGCUCACACCAAAAGCAAACACAUCUUUAUGGCACUUUUGUUAUCAACAGAGACCUGUGGAUUUUCCUGCAAGGACCAACUUCAAAAAUUAAAAUGAAAGAUGUUAUCUUGUAUCUCAUCGUACUAAGUUGAUGUGCCAGAAAGCUUCAUUCAUGUAAUUCUGCAUAAAAAGCGUCUAUAUAUGUGCUUCAGGUUGAUAGAAAAUAUUUCAUUAUAAAAUAUUCCAUUACUGGAAUAAUACUAGUUUCAGAAAAUAAGUUCGUAAGAUUUUCUUCCUUUUCAAGUAUUAGCACCUGCUUAAAAUAAGCACAGACUAGGUUAAUAGGAUAAAUUCCGUAAGGCUCACUGUGUAUUUCCUGCUCUCCUUUUAAUGUCCUCAAACACCCAAUAAAACCAAACUAAAUUCCAGGGAAACAGGCAAAAUUCCUGUAGUUUUUAAAAAUGACGGCCUCAAUUUUAUGGAUAGAACAUCUAAGACAGAAAUGACUCUCUCAACGUCUUUUUAGAAGUGGUUCUCCCUUUGGAAACUAGCUCACCUCUUAUGCAUGAAACAGAUAAAAAGGUAUCGUAAAUCCCAAAGCCCUUUAGGGCAAGCCCAGCAGUGUCCUCCUGGGCCCCCGGUUACCUGCAGAGUCAGUCUGCAGCACUGUGGUGACCUCUCUCGGACUCAGAUGAUUGACUUCGCUGCUGCUGUAGCGAACUGGGGUUUCCUCAUGUUCCACUGACUUGGCAGGGAGGAACUGCUUCAUUCCUUUCCACCAGCCUUCAUUGCGAUCACAAGCAAAAGAGACUAUUAAAUAAAAAGCUCUGUCUGAAAUGAUUAACAGUAUAUUAAGGGAGAAAUCCUGUUGCAUUUAAGGCAUUUCUGUAGCAAGUAUCUAUACAAACUAGCCUUUAUGUUGAAGCUUUUUAAAAUCGUCGUAAAAUACACGUAACAUAAAAUUUCCCACCAUAACCAUUUUUAAGUAAACAAUUCAGUGAUAUUAAGUACAUUUACAUUGUUUACAACCGUCACCACCAUCCAUCACUGUAACUCUUUUCAUCCUGGAAAACGGAAACUCCACACCUAUUAAACAGUAACUCCUGAUUCUCUCCUCCAGCCCCUGGCAACUAUGUUCUACUUUUUGUCUUUAUAAUUCUGACUACUCUAAGUACCUCGUAUGAAUGUACUCCUACAGUAUCUGUCUUUUUGUGACUGGCUUAUUUCACAUAGCAUAAUGUCCUCAAGGUUCACCCACGCUGUAAUAUACAGCAGAAUGUCCUUCCUUUUUAAGGCCUAAUAAUAUCCCAUUUUAUGUACAUACCACAUCUUGCUUAUCCAUUUAUUAGUUGGAUACUUGGAUUGCUUUCACAUUUUAACUAUUGUGAAUAACACUGCUAUGAACUUGGGUGUACAAAUAUCGCUUCAAGAUUCUGCUUUCAAUCCUUUCGGGCAUACACCUAGAAGUGGAAUUGCUGGAUCAUAUGGUAAUUCUAUUUUUAAAUUUUUGAGGAACUGCCAAAAAAUUCUGUUUUCCACAGAAGCUAUGCCAUUUUACAUUCCCACCAAUAAUGCACAAGGGUUCCAAUUUCUCUACAUCCUUGCCAAAACUGGUUUUGCUUUUUUAUCCUCUACUGUGUUUCUCUGUUCUCUAAUCUUUAUUAUUUCCUUUUUUUCCUGUAGCUCUGGUUUUAGUCUGUUCUUUUUCUAGUUCCUUAAGUUGUUCAAGCUUAUUUUUUGCUUUGAUAGAAUAUCCAGUGCAAAGCAGAACAUGGUAGAAAUCUCUAUCAAAAGCAUAUACUGAAGCAAAUCACUGCUGUUAUAUAGUGCAGCCAAAUACAGUUUGUUGGAGCAGUGAUUUUUAGUAAGUUUUUUUCAGAAACUUCUAAGACCAACCCUAGGGGUAGCAGCAUGUGCCCCAUCCCCACCACUGCUCUUCCCCAGUCACAGUGAACUCUUUUGGCUCCUAAUGGUCAUUCCAGGAGUGAGACUGGGAAGUGUGGGACCCGUAGAGGGCCCUGGUGUCACCUGCCACAAUCUGCCACCCACCACACUGAGGAGGAAUUCAGAAGAUGACAGCUCCUCACAGCACUGUGGUAAACGCCCACAGCGCAGUGACAUAGUGUGCCACCAGGACCGCAAUCCUCUGCUUCUUAAAGUGUCCACACGUCCACUACACAGAAAGCAGGUAUCCUCAAGAUAGGUACAUAGAUUGGGACAAACCAGACAAGUUUUCCAGAAGAAAAAGAACAGUGUGUGUUAUGACAAAUCCUUACUUUCCAUUUCAUUACUUAUUGACUAGAAGAAAUUUUACAGAAAAGUAAAAAUGAUCAGGAUAGAAGAGGAAGACCAGAUUGUUUAACAGUGCUGGGGAGUUGCUGUGGGCGUGAAAAAGACUCUCCUCACUCACUGCUGCCACCUGGAGGGCAGGGGCGCCCCCUGGUGGAAAAGAGAUGCAAAGCUGUGAAUUACCUGCCCGGUCCCAGUAAGGUAAGUCAUAGGUGCCUUCAGUUUUUUUCUUUCUGGAAAAAUACAGGGGGAAAAAUAAAGUCAGCAAAUAAGAGUGUAUUCACCCAUAAGAAAGCUGUGAAAUGGCAGGAUAAACACCAGAGUUAAAAAUUAGUCAAGAACACACAUUUCUACUGGCUGGUCUACCUCUCUUUCAUCUGACUUUCAAAGCUGACACUGCUGUGCUUUGUGAAUUCUGGACUCUCAAUAAAUAUGAAACAACUGUCUCCCGAGAUAGUUACCUUGUUACCCAACUAUUUCCCUCUGAAAAAAGACUAAAUCUGUAGAUAAAAAUGCUGAAUCAAAUCAAAGACCCAACUCUGACAAAUGGCUUAUUGUGGGGAAAUGAGAUUACGGCUGUUUUGGUUCCAAAUACAAAUUUCACAAAUCAGUUGAUUCACAAAGUUCACAGAACAACAACAAAAAUCCCACAUUUUCUUCUGCAUUGUUAUUUUCAACUUUUUGUUUCUUCUAGGCCUUUUGCCCCAUAGAAGUUUACGGUGUCACAUACCCUUCACUGCACAGACAUGAUUCCUCCCCACGGCCCAGUGUAAGUCGAGGCUAUCACUAACAGUGAGAACAGGAUUCUCCAGGCCUGGGAGGCGAGGCCAUGCGUGCAAUAAAGGUUCUCCCCAGCCCGUUCCUUGGAAUUCAAACCAUCUCCUCUGGAGAAAUUCCUGUUCCCUCCCCGACAUUAAGAAUUACUAUCUACCAAGUGCCUUUUACAAAGAAAAAAAAGCACAUGAAAGGUUGUUUUCUGAUUCAAGAAUGUAAAUCUAAUUAAAAUGACACUUUGCAAGCUGAAGAGAAACAAAUUGUUGCAGUUUACAAAUGAGGAUAAGACGGUCACAUGAUUUGCUCAAGAUCACAAACAUGGCUUUCUCAAAGAAGCCAAGCUACGUACUUUUCCUACUUGGAAACAUGCUUCUCCAAUGUAAAACUGUAUUUUUAUUGUUGAUACUAAAAGCUUCUUCAUUUUAAAGUCUGGCUGUACUUAAAAUGUGAUAUUUCAUUAUUUCAAAGUAAGGUAUAACAUAAAAGUUGUGGAAGAGAUGGUAGGUACUGAAGCUGUCCAAGGGUUGUACUAUAAAGGAUGUCACAUUCUUAAUCUCAAGUGACAAAGCUUCAGGUUACUUCACUAUGUGUAAAGUACUCAGAACAGUGCUGGGUGGGCAUGAUUAGUUAAGGGUUCAAUAAGCUGCAGCUGUUUUUUAAAAAUUUUUUUUUCUCCUUGAUAUUUUCCACAGCCCUUUAAUGACACCUCCUUUACUCCUUGUCACAAAGUCAGCAAUUUCAACUACUCUGUUCUUAGACAUAACUUUAGUCCUGCAGCUCAGACCUUUUCUCCUGACCAGGCUCAUCCUCCAUCUGCCUCUUUAGUCUGAAUGUCCACAGGGCCCUUUAAACACCACCCCAAACUGAUCCCAGGACUUGCCUCCUGCCUCCCUCUCAACAACUCUACUCCCCAGUCCCCACCCCACGACCCUGGGUGUUAACCACAGCGCCUGAGACCUGAUCGACUGACUGAUCAGAGGCAGCAGGUUAAGGGCCUGGGCUGUGAAGCCCCGUCCAAACCUCCUCUCUGCCAUGUGCUGGCCAGGUGACCUCGGACAGGUUACUUAUGUUCUAUUAGUCUCACCUCUUCUGUAAAAUGGGAUUUGUAACAACACCUGCGUCACAGAUUGUCUGGAGGGUUAAAUGAGUUAAAACAUGUAAGGCAUUUAGAAUCCCGAGUAAAUCAGCACUUAAUCUUACAUAAAAAUGAGCUGCUGCUGCUGUUCUCAUCAUUGCUAUCGCUGCUGUCCAGUUCCCCGAGAGCACCGUGACCUCUCCCCCUGGGCUCUCCUAGAGCCCUUCCCUCCACCUUCCCCUACUGCCCUCACCCAAGCUGUUGGUUCUGCUCAGCCUCCUCAGCACCAGAAAUCCAGGAUCCUCCCGCGGAACACGCUGUGUGGCUGGCACUGUUCUGAUGUGGGCUCUUUUGUGUUAUGAUUCCUACUCAUUGCGUGUGACACUUACAGGAUUUCCGCUAUGUUAAGACAUGUUAAGUAGUUCAAGAUGGAGCCCAGUGGCCAACACGAACUUCCAGAUUAGCUGUUUUGAACUGUCUGCUAUCGGGCUGCCAGUGUCUUCGUGAUAAACUAAGAUUACUUUAGAUCAGAAGUUUGAUGGGCCAUGUACGUCACUGGCACAGACAGAGCAAGUGAUAGAGCCAAGACCUCCCACCUUCUCCUGCCCCUGAGUCGAGUGUCUUGAAGGCUCUUCACUGGAGGCCCCGAUUCCACACCGCUGAGAGCUGUUCCAGACGGAUGCUGCUGGGGCCCUGUCAGAACCGGGGGCGACUUCUCACUCACGAGACCCGGGCCAGACCAGAGGCCGUCGCUCAUGCUGAAAUGCCUCCUUCCUAACUUCUCCUUGGAGUGGAUCGUCACCCCCACCUUUCCCUACUUUAACUAACCUGUGUUGUGUGCUAAUUAUAUGAAGCAAACCAAGUGAUUCAUGAAUUGAAUACUGGCUACUGUUUUGUCUCCAAUCUUGUGAUUCUUACCAGCCCUGACGGCUCGCCCCUACAACAAACAGGUACCAUGGUGGCUAGUUUUCUGCAAUGUAUCCUCUCCUAUUCCAGAGACUCUGGGGUUCACCACUGAGCUCCCAGGACACAGCCAAAUACUUGGCAUGGAGUAGAAGCCCAAAUAUUUAUUGAACGGCUCAACAAAUGAAGCCCCUCCAAACCUGUCAUUCCACCAGACUCCCUCCUGCCCUGUUAUUUCAACUCAUGACAUCUCUCCCGCUCUAACUGCACAAGCCAGAAUAACCCUAGAUCUCCCACCUCUCUCAGCAAGUAGCCAGCCACGCACCCCACCGAUGCCCCGGGCAGCUCUUCCCCUGCGUCCCUCUCCCUUUCCUAGAACUGCUGUUACAUUCCUAUAUGGCCUUCGUCAUCUCCUAACUCUUCCCUUCGCCUCUUCUAGUCUCUCUCUUCAAUCCACCCUCCAAAACUCCUGCCACCACCUUUCUACAAUCAUCUGGUAAUACCACUUGUCUGCUGAACACUGGUCAGUGACUCCCCAUCUACGGAACGACGUCGAAUCUCUCUCCCCUGAGGACCAUCCUGACCUGGGUCUGGACUCUUGUCCACAGUUCGCUCUCAGUGCUCACCCACGGCCAAGUCCCCAUGAGGACCCACUCAUCUGCCUACAAUCCACAUCUCUGUGCCUUCGCCCAAGCCAUCCCUCAGUCUAGCCAUUCUCUGUCUUCCUCUUCCAGCCAAAUCCAACUUCUCCUUUAAGGCAAAACAUGCCACAUAUGAGGAUUACUCUGUAAAAAAGAUUUCAGGUAACUCUCAUGGCCCUUGCACCUGUGGUCCCCAGCAGUCAAUCCAGCUCAACAUUGGAGAUAAGAACCAUGUCUCAGCCUUUCAUUAAAUGUCACUAAAGCACCAACUGUGUGUCUUCCUAAUAUGUAUAUCCUAGUGUGUAACAUGGAAUUUGAUAUAAUAAAAGGUAGUACUAAGUAA